AUGGAUGCUGCCUCUUCCAGUGUUCUGCGGGAGCCCAAAAGCCCCCUCAGUCUAUCGGCGUUCAAAUGGAGCUGGCUGCAGUGCUGUCAGCAGACAGACAGGUCCCAAGAGGGCACCGUAGGGGGCCGUGAAGGAUUCAACCUCCUGGCCCCCCCUCAGGAACCUGAUGAUCAGGUCAUGUUUACCCACAGACCUCCCAUCUUUGGAGUCAUGAUUUGCAGUGUUCGCAGCCAUGUAGACUUUAAGGGUGGAGGGAAACAACUUUUGCUCCAACCCUUGCUGGUCCCUCUUUUCCUGCAGAAAGGAAUCAAGAGGCCCUGGUCGAAGAAGGUUGGUGAGCAUGGCGUGCCCUUUGAGGAAGAUCCUGUGGACGUAGAAGCCCAACUUAUACGAGGUUUUUUUCGUCGGGAGAGGGUUAUACGACCACGUAUUGACGUGUUUGCAUACCCCAAUGAAUAUUUAAAAGAGCGUUAUCGUUUUUCAAAAGAUUCCUUAGUUUAUUUAACACGUCUUUUAAAACCGCAUGUCGCAAAUGUGACAAACCGCGGUUCUGCGCUUAGCACAGAAAACAUUUUGUGCAUAGCACUUCGGUUUUUUGCGUCUGGCCAUUUUUUGUACAGUGUGGGCGAUUCGGAGCAUGUGGGAAAGGCAACUGUGUGUAGAGCCGUUCGUUCAGUAUGUCUGGCACUUAAACAGUUCUUACCCACGUUUGUACAGUUCCCUGGCCAUAAACCUCUGUUUAUUAUUAAAGACGAAUUCCACAGAGUGGCAGGGUUUCCAAAUGUAAUUGGGUGCAUUGAUGGCACUCACAUUCCUAUUAAAGCUCCAUCAAUAAAUGAGGGAGACUAUGUUAAUAGGAAAUCUGUUCAUAGUAUCAAUGUGCAGGUAAUAUGUGAGGCUACCCAAAUAAUUACCAAUGUCGAGGCAAAAUGGCCAGGAUCUGUGCAUGAUGCCAGAAUUUUCCACGAGUCAUCAUUAUGCCAGGCAUUUCAGCAGGGACAGUACAACGGUUACUUGUUGGGGGACAGAGGAUACCCUUGUCUGCCCUAUUUAAUGACACCCUACCCUGAACCUGAGCCUGGACCACAGACACGCUUUAACCUGGCUCACAGCCGAACACGGGCCAAGGUGGAGAUGACUAUAGGGAUCCUCAAAUCUCGGUUUCAGUGUCUGCGUGGGCUCCGGGUUAGUCCAGAGAGGGCAUGUGACAUUAUAGUGGCUUGUGUUGUGCUUCACAAUAUUGCCACUAUAAGAGAGAGAGCCACCCUCCUUGUAUUGAGGAAGAUGGCCCAGAGGAACACCUACAGACUCUACAGGCCAACAGAGACGGGAGACUUUUGA